UGUUGGAACCCUAGCAGCCAGCUCCCGAUCCCCUUCUCUCCCGUUCUUGACCUUCCACGGCGACGGCGGCUCCCCUCCGCCUUUCGCCGACCCCCCGCCCAGCUGACCGCUGCUCCCCUUCGGCUCCCUCCCGGUGGUCUGCCAUCUGCCGCCGCCGACCCGCUUCUCGUCCAGGCACGGGAUCUGAGGACGGCGAUGGGCCAGGCCCCGUCGCUGCCUGACGAUGCGGUGUCGGACGUCCUCCGCCGCCUCGCGCCGCGCGACCUCGCAGCGUCCCGCCGCGUCUGCAAGUCGUCGCGCCGCAUCGUGGACGGCCACGGCCUGCUGCGCGCAGACCUCCUCCCUCUCAAGCUGGGCGGCAUCUUCCUCAACUUCUUCCAACUACGGUCUGCUACGCAGUUCCUUUCCCGCCCCACGACGGGCGCAGCCGUCUCCGGCCGGCUCGGCUACACCUUGGAUGCUUGCCAUCCGGACUACGAUUUUCAGCCCGUUCCCUACGUGCUUGAUCAUUGCAAUGGCCUCCUCUUGCUCCACCACUGCGUGGUCAACCCUGCGACGCAGCAGUGGGCGCCCCUGCCCCCGGCCCCGGACCUGCCCAAACCCGCACCUUCAAUCAAGCAUGUUUAUAAAUCCCGGUACCUGGUGUUUGACCCCAUGCAUGCUGUCGCCCAACCAUUUCGACUUGCUCAUAAUGCCAGAAAUUUCUUUCAUGGAAGAAUGUGAGGAAUUUGAAUGGCCACCGUCCACAUUGAUCCUUCCUGUGUUUUCAUCCAAGAUUGGUUCAUGGGAGAAGAGGACAUUUUAUCGGGAUGGGGAAGCUGCAGGGACGGUACCUGGCUUGGUUGGGGUAAGACUGGAUUGCAAUGAACGUCAGUCUGCCUACUGGAGAGGAUCACUCUAUAUAUGUUGCGACAACUGUUUUAUUUUGAGAAUAUCACUGUCAGACAACAGUUAUCGAGUAAUAAGACUGCCAACAAGAUUGCCCGAAGACGAUUCAAAAUGUGAUCAACAGUUUUACCUAGGAAAAUCAACCAAGGGGAUAUAUUGUGCAUCAAGAGUCACGUCACAUAGGUCCCACCUUCAGGUUUGGUUCCUUAAUGACCCGAACGAGUGGGUUUUGAAGCAUGACAAAGAUAUUUUCCCCGUCCUGCCAAGUCUCGACUAUGGCAACCCAUGCGAUGGACCUCGGAUCCUACAACAAUUUGAUGAACAUUCUGAUGAAGAUGAUUCGGUUGUGGAGGAAAAUAGGGAAGCAGUGGAAAUGGAGAAAUUUGAAGCAAUAGUGAAACAAGGGAAAUUUGAGUGGGACUCGGAAAAUGAUAAUGUACUUGAACCGGGAAGUAGCUGCGGGGGAACUGAUACAUGUUUCCAUGGAUUCCAUCCUUUCAAAGAGGUUGUGUCGUUCGUGACUCUGUGGGACAGAGUGCUAGCCUAUCAUUUGCCGAGCUCAAAGCUUCAAGAUUUAGGCAAGCUUUUUCCAGAAUUCUAUGUGGAUCGGCACCACACUUACUGGCAUACACAGGUGGAAGAGUCUUUCCUGCAUAGAUUAAAAUCGCAGGAGAAAUGAUUUCGCGGCGGCCUCUCCCAGCAGCUAUAGCGGCCGCCAUAGCAGGCAAUCGCGGCAAAUAGCGAAAAAAAUUCUGGUGGAAGAGAUGAUUUCUAGAGGGUUUUCGUCAUUGUUGAGCCAUUUAGAGGGAUUUGUGAAGGAUUUCGCGGCAGCAGCCAUAGCGUAGCGGUAAGGCUCCUGGGCAGCUAUAGCGCAGCUAUCGCAGCUAUUUCGCGGGCUAUUUUAAUCUAUGCUUUCCAGUACACUCCCUGCUGGUUAGGGGAGCUUCCUCAAAAACUAAACUAGUUGGAAGUUAUCCUAGAAGAAUAGAAUGCUUUUGUGGCAACUAUUCAAAGGAUGGAACACUUUUAUAUUUGUGCACAAAGAU